UCUCACAUCCGGAUAUCCGUCGAGCCUGUCGCGAACUUGACGCGUCCACCGCGGCCGUUGAGGAUGUGACGGCUCGUACAGUUGUUGGUAUUAUACAGGACAUCGCGCAGUCGUUAUAAGUUUUUCAAAAGCCGAACGAUGACCCUGAAGAUACUGCUGGCGAGCUUGCUUAUCGCGGCCACAACGAGCUCGGUUCCACCGUCUUUGGAGGAUCAUCAUGGGAUACCCUCGCGCAGCCACAGAAUUGUUUGGCCACUUUGGUAUCGCGACAGACUGCCCCACGCUAGGCACGAUCGCCUUGAUGACAAACUCGUCGUCCGAGAGACAACUACUACCGCGAGAAGCCCAUGGACGCCGCGGCCACAGGUUUCCACGACGAGAUCACCGCAACAGAUAAAUUCGGCAUCGGGGCAUCUGGAGCAACGGAUGCUGGAACAAAAGUUCAAUGGUGCCGUGGCGAUGGUGGAGAACGGUGGUACCAGGGCAAUAGCGUACGCGGGUUAUCAUAGCAAUCAUCGUCAGCAUCAGCCAAGAGAGAUGGGCGCGCAAGGCUUUCAGCCGAUUACUACAACCGUCCCUACGUACGCCAAACAUCAUUCGGGGAGGCGAGUAUGCACUAGGCAAACUCCUGCAGUUUCUCACCAUCAUCGAGGAAGACAAAUUAGAUUAGUAUACACUGAGAUGACUUCUAGUUUCUUUUGUUGUCCGGGAUGGUCACAAGCUACUCACUUGAGUUUCGGUUGUAAUAAACCCAUAUGCCCAACGCCAUGUCUAAAUGGUGGAAUUUGUACAUCUCCUGGCAAAUGCACAUGUCCCAAAGGAUAUACCGGCAAUCAAUGCCAAACAGAUGUGGAUGAAUGUGUGCUGGAGAAACCAUGCGGGCAACUUUGCACAAAUCUACCUGGUAGAUAUCGAUGUCACUGUAGAGUCGGAUUUCAACUUCAACAAGAUGGCCAAUCUUGUCGAAGAAAUGACACAGACGAAAAUGCUUUUGAGGCACGCGAUUUAGAGACUGAUUUUCAUGACGUGUCGGCAACAAAGGAUCCAACUGAUUUUCAUGAUACCGAAAAUGAAGUUAGCGACGAUGAUCAAGACUACGAGGUCAUCUUAAAGAGACUGAUUAAAUUGGAAAAGCAAGUAGCCAGAAACAGAAAGAGAGAUACAGAGGCUUCCGAGAUGAACACUAAAGUUACAUUGGCGGUCGAAAGUAUUAACGAAAUGAAGAGAACCGUCGAAAAUGUGCAACUGAUGCAACAAGAAGUAUAUGACAUGAGAACCAAAAUGAGACAAUAUGAAGCAGAAAUAAGAAAAAUACAUCAUCUGAUGAAUCGCGUCGCGGAAUUAGAAAAUCGUUUGAGAAUACGUUGCAGAUAUCAAUAAUUUGUGCAGGAUCGUUGAACUUCUAGAGUUACUAAAACGUCACGCGAAAAUUAUUAUCAAUACAAUCUGAUACUUAAUAAUGAAUAGUAGUACUAUCUACUAUUUUAUUUGAUAUUUUAGUAGUAGAUAGUGUUGCUAUACUACUUUACGUAGAUAGCGAUAUAUUUUCAUUAUAAAUUUCUUGCGCCUUUAGGAUAUGUGAAGACAAUUUUAAUAAUACUUUUAAAUCAGAGACUUGUUUAUACAGGAGACAAUGCUGUACAUUUAAAACCAGAAUAUUUAUUUUAAUUUUCAAACUACAAAGCAAUAUUGGCCAUUUUAAUCUCAAAGUACUGACGUAACAGUAGCUAUUAGAUUUACGUGGAAUUGUUUCUGUCGUAAAAUAUCACUGCCAUCAUUUAGCAUUUGUUAUAUUUAUCAAGCUAAUAAUAGUAAUAGUAUAAUUUUUAUAUUAUGAGUAUUUGUA